CUUUCCUGUUACGUCACUUCCUGACCCUUUCUCCUUCCUUUCCGCGUCGGCCAUUUGUGAAAUUCGACUGAGCUGAUUGACAGUCAUCAAGUAAAGUCAAGAUGCAGAACGAUGCUGGUGAAUUCGUGGACCUGUACGUCCCCCGUAAAUGCUCUGCUAGCAACAGAAUCAUCGGUGCCAAGGACCAUGCCUCCAUCCAACUCAACAUUGCUGAGGUGGACAGGGCAACAGGCAGGUUCAAUGGCCAGUUCAAGACUUACGCCAUCUGUGGCGCCAUCCGUAGAAUGGGUGAAGCUGAUGACUCCCUCCUGAGGCUUGCAAAGAACGACAGCAUUGUGGCAAAGAACAUCUAACUUUAAGGAUGGGAUCUGGAAGUUUCUUUGUAAAAUAAAAAGUAAAAUUGGA